AAUGUCAUCCUCGGCUUUUUGUUGAACUGGGAGCAUCAGUGGUCCGUUAACGAAAGAAAUAAACGACGUAAAGCGUUAAAAAAUAGGAAAUACGGCCAUUUUCCAGUUCGACCACGGAGUUCUAGACUGCUUAUAAACCAACGCUGGUUUGUUGUAAGAAGAGAAGAGGACCGAUUCACAGACAAUUCAUCACCAGUGGCGCGCGGCUCCGUUGUAAGCAAGAAGAUGUAGCUACUACGACAAGCUAUUAUGUUUUUACGGUUUCGUUUUCACUUUAAAUCUUUAAUAACGUAGUCUACAUCAACUGUUUUCUAAUUAUAUUAAGGGAUAGGCUAGUCUAUAAGGCGUUGUCCGAUUGCAUUUGUGAACUGUAGGAUCCUACAUAUUUGGAAGAAGUGUUAAGAACAUAAACGCGUUGCUCAGUUUGUAUCGCACGAGUGCAUUAGUUCGUAGCCUAUAAAACCUGGAUUUUUAGUGAACUCUAAACCGGACUGUCAAAUGCGAUCUCUCCGGAAACGGGCAGUGACUGGACAUGGAUGAUUAUCGGCUUUGUGAAUGAGACAGUGAUUUCUACAAAGUCCCUCAAUCAACCGAGCCACCGAAGAUGUCUCUUGCCGUUCAUUCAGUACUACUCUUCUGUGGGGAAGGCUCUGAUGGGACGAGCAAAUAGGAACACAUUUCUUGCUUAACAUUUUGACACACUGGCUGCGGAAUCUUGGCCAAUCUCGUAGCUUACGCUGCUGCUUUCUCAGUGAACCGCUGGUGAACUGCUACGAGCGGUGAAUGCUGCAGAGCGCUCCCUGACCAUCCUCUGGUACGAAGCCUGAAUAAGGAAGGACCCGGAAGACCACCCAGCACCAGCGAUGGAUGACUCGGGGAUUAUUCGCCGACGGCGGCUUCAGAAGGAUCUACCACUGCCACGCAAGAACAGCAGCUGCCGCAGUAGUAACAGGAAGAGUCUAAUCCUCACGACCACCUCCCCCACACUGCCACGCCCUCACUCUCCCCUGCCCGGCCACCUGGGAAGCAGCCCCCUGGACAGCCCGCGCAACUUCUCCCCCGGCACCCCCGCCCACUUCUCUUUCGCCUCGUCCAGACGGGAUGGACGCCGGUGGUCCCUGGCUUCUCUCCCUUCCUCUGGAUACGGAACCAACACCCCCAGCUCUACGUCUUCCAGCUCCUCUCAGGAGCGUCUGCACCAGUUGCCAUUCCAGCCCACCAUGGACGAGCUGCACUUCCUCUCCAAGCACUUCGGCAGCACCGAGAGCAUCACCGAUGACGAUGGUGGACGCUGCUCUCCGCAUGUGCGCCCACGGUCACGUAGUCUCAGCCCGGGCCGCUCGCCAUCCUGCUACGACAACGAGAUUGUGAUGAUGAACCAUGUGUACAAAGAGCGCUUCCCCAAAGCCACGGCACAGAUGGAGGAGCGUCUGGCCGACUUCAUCCAGGUCUACUCCCCCGAGAGCGUGCUGCCCCUGGCCGACGGCGUGCUCAGCUUCAUCCACCACCAGAUCGUGGAGCUGGCCCGCGACUGCCUGGCCAAGUCGCGUGAGGGCCUCAUCACCACCGUUUACUUCUUCGAGCUCCAGGAGAACCUGGAGAAGCUGCUCAACGACGCUUUUGAGCGCUCAGAGAGCUCAGAGGUGGCCUUUGUCACUGAGCUGGUCAAGAAACUUCUCAUCGUCAUCUCCCGCCCUGCCCGACUCCUUGAAUGCUUGGAGUUCAACCCUGAGGAGUUCUACCACCUCCUGGAGGCCGCGGAGGACCACGCCAAGGAGGGGCAUCUGAUGAAGACUGACAUCCCGCGUUACAUCAUCAGCCAGCUGGGGCUCACCAGGGACCCUCUGGAAGAAAUUGUCAACCUGGACAGCUACGACAGUGAGGGGCCCCUCACCCCAGAGACGGAUGACUCAGCUGAGGGCAAGAUGAGACCCAUGAAGCCCCCAGGGGAGGCUGACUUCCAGACUAUCAAGCUGAUCAGCAACGGGGCUUACGGGGCUGUGUACCUGGUGCGCCAUCUGGAGACCCGCCAGCGCUUCGCUAUGAAGAAGAUCAACAAGCAGAACCUGAUUCUGCGCAACCAGAUCCAGCAGGCCUUUGUGGAGCGCGACAUCCUCACCUUCGCCGAGAACCCCUUCGUGGUGAGCAUGUUCUGCUCCUUCGAGACGCGCCGCCACCUCUGCAUGGUCAUGGAGUAUGUGGAAGGGGGUGACUGUGCCACACUGCUGAAGAACAUCGGCGCACUGCCAGUAGAGAUGGCGCGCAUGUAUUUUGCUGAGACUGUGCUUGCCCUAGAGUACAUCCACAACUAUGGCAUCGUCCACCGAGACCUGAAGCCUGACAAUCUGCUCAUCACCUCCAUGGGCCAUAUCAAGCUGACGGACUUUGGCUUGUCCAAGAUUGGCCUGAUGAGCCUGACCACUAACCUUUAUGAGGGCCACAUCGAGAAGGACACACGGGAGUUCUUGGACAAGCAGGUGUGCGGCACGCCGGAGUACAUCGCUCCCGAGGUGAUCCUGCGGCAGGGCUACGGUAAGCCGGUGGACUGGUGGGCCAUGGGCAUCAUCCUGUACGAGUUCCUGGUCGGCUGCGUGCCAUUCUUCGGGGACACACCUGAGGAGCUGUUUGGACAGGUCAUCACAGAUGACAUAAUGUGGCCAGACGGGGAUGAUGCUCUCCCUGCUGAUGCUCAGAACCUGAUCUCUGCCCUGCUGCAGACCAAUCCCAUAGUCCGACUAGGAACAGGGGGAGCUUUUGAGGUGAAGCAGCACCCAUUCUUCACUGAGCUGGACUGGAACAGUGUUCUGAGGCAGAAGGCCGAGUUUGUCCCACACCUGGAGUCUGAGGAGGACACCAGCUACUUUGAUACUCGAUCAGACCGUUACCAUCACUUGCACUCAUAUGAUGAGGACGACACGAACGAUGACGAGCCGGUGGAGAUACGCCGUUUCUCCUCCUGUUCGCCGCGCUUCAGCAAGGUGUACAGCAGCAUGGAGCACCUGUGCCAGCUGGAGCACAAGCCAUCGGGCGUCACCAGGCGCGAACACAAGAGCCACAGGGAGGACAGGGUGACCAAGAGAGAGAGCCUGGGCAGCCUCACGCUCAGGGACAAGAGCUGGAGGACUGGCUCUCCUGAGAUGAAGCGUCUGUCCUGCUCAGAGUCCUCGUUCACCGAGAGCGACUCCAGCCCUCCGUCCGGCGUGCGCAGGCGCUUCUCGGCGCUCAUGGAAACGCACCGCUUCGCCUCACCGCUCGAGUCCGAUGGCGAGAUGCCGUCUCUUGCCAGCAGGCAGGCCGCCGUGAAGACCAGGGGCACAUCUCUGGAGGGCGCCACCAUGCCCGCCCUUUCCAGCCUGGCAGAGCUCACAGCCAGCCCGAAGGAGAGCAGCGCAGCACCAGCUGGAGACAAGCUGCUCAGGCCAGCAGACCCUGCAGCAGGACCUGGACCUGCUGUAGCUGGAGCCGCUGCAGCCUCCCACCCUCCUGGUGCCUCCUCCAGGGACCUGACCCCAGGGGACCCCCUCGGGCCCCGCGCCACCAACGACCUGGUCCUGCGGCGCGUCCGUCAGCAGCAAUUCUCCGCCGACGACGAGAAGAAAACCCCUCGUACGGGCACCAAGGUCAUCAAGUCCGCCUCUGCCACGGCCCUCUCCGUCAUCAUCCCAACAGUGGAGCAGCAUGGCACGUCUCCUCUGGCCAGCCCCAUGUCUCCACGCUCCACCUCGUCCAACCCGUCCUCGCGUGACUCCUCGCCCAGCCGGGACUACUCCCCAGCGGUCAGUGUCCUCCGCUCGCCCAUCACCAUUCAGAGGGCCGGCAAGAAGUAUGGCUUCACGCUCCGCGCCAUCCGCGUCUAUAUGGGAGACAGUGACGUGUACAGUGUGCACCAUAUGGUCUGGCAUGUUGAGGUGGGGGGUCCUGCUCAAGAGGCGGGUCUUUGUGCUGGUGACCUCAUCACCCAUGUCAAUGGAGAAUCUGUCCAUGGGCUUGUGCACACAGAAGUAGUUGAACUUAUUCUAAAGAGUGGAAACAAAGUCACAGUGACCACUACUCCUUUUGAGAACACAUCGAUCAAAAUUGGGCCAGCACGCAAGACCAGCUACAAGGGCAAAAUGGCUCGACGAAACAAGAAGUCUGGAGCAAAGGAGGGACAGGAAAGCAAGAAGCGCAGCUCCCUGUUCCGGAAGAUCACCAAGCAGUCCAACCUGCUGCACACCAGCCGAAGUCUGUCGUCCCUGAACCGCUCGCUGUCCUCUGGAGAUAGCCUGCCUGGCUCGCCCACUCACGGCCUGUCUGCUCGCUCCCCCACGCAGACGUACCGCUCCCCGCCCGAGUCCGCCUACCUGGGCACGUCGUCCCAGAGCAGCUCGCCAGCGUCCAGCACGCCCAACUCCCCGGCCGCCUCCCAGCACAUGCGGCCCAGCUCCCUGCACGGCCUCUCGCCCAAGCUGCAUCGUCAGUACCGCUCGGCACGCUGCAAGUCCGCCGGCAACAUUCCCCUGUCCCCGCUGGCCCACACGCCCUCGCCGACCACCUCCUCGCCGCCGCCGAUCGCCGGCCACUCGGUGGGCAGCUCCAACACCACGCAGGCCUUCCCGGUCAAGCUGCACGCAUCGCCCCCGGUGACCCGGCCGCGGCCCAAGAGCGCCGAGCCGCCCCGCUCGCCACUGCUCCAGCGCGUGCAGUCGGCCGAGAAGCUGGGCCAGCCGCCGUCGUCAUCGUUCCCCUCCUCUUCGUCCUCCUCAUCGUCCUCGCUCUCAUCCUUCACGUCUCCGUCGGGCCAGGAGAGGAAGGUGGGCGGGUCGUGCGUGGUGCGGAAGCACGGCCUGGACGGUGCGCUGCACGGUGACUACCGGCGCGAGCCUUUCCACUGCGAGCCGGCGCUCCAGAGCCUGCAGGAGAUCGAGGGGGAGAACGCGGCGGGCGAACGUGGCACCCCGGGGUCGCCCGACGACAGCCCUACGCCCACCCCUACCCCUACCUUUAGCCCCGGAGAUGACCUGACGCUCAAGCCAUCCCGGAGGCUGGGCAGACAGGAGUCGCCCCUCAGCAGGGACAGCUUCCUCACGGGGAGGGACAAGGCCACGUCGGAGGCCCUGAAACUUGACCCGCAGCCUGCCAGCAAGGCAGCAUCCCUACAGACUGAACCGGUCAAGGCCAAAGAGGCCACCGCCGAGAAGCCCCAACCCAGCCAAGCCGCAGUGACCCCAGCAGUUGCAUCACUUAAGGUCACCACUGCUGAUCGAACCUCACUCUUGAGCGCUUCCAGCCCUGUAACCACCUCCUCCAGCUCUGGAGCCAAGGCCUCAGAAAAGGGCCCAGCAACACCUUUCACCCCAAGUCCGUUAGCCCAAGAGCAGGGUCAGCGGACCGGUCAGAGAGUAGUGAUCACCGGCUCUCCAGCCCAGAGCCUUGACAAGGGAAAAGCCUCAGGGCAAAGUCAAGCAGACAAAGGCACUGCACCCAAAUCAGCCGCCACAGAGGCGACCAAAGCAGGGAAAGGGCCAGAGGUGGGGAAGGAUGGACCUGGGCUCAAGGAAGGGGCUGGAACCAGUGAGAAACUGUCAGAGGCUAAAGCCAAAGCUCAAGGACCUCCAGCCACAGACUCGGGCCCAACUGCAGCAAAGCCCAAGGAGGUGAAGGCCUCAGGCCCAUUCGUCACUCAGCGAGGUGCCCGAGAAGAGAAGCGUUUCCUGGAGGUGGUGGAGGAGCACCCCACGUCCCCUUCCCCGACGGCUCUCUCUCCAUCAUCUAGCAAGUCACGAGCCGCUUCCCCUGGAGACAGGGCGAGCUUUGUCACCCAGCUGACCAGUGUAGCCAAAACCGUGCUGGGGCCUAUGAAGCUGGGCUCCCAGGAUGGGAGCAAGGCCAAAGACGGGAGCCAGAAGGGGGCUGAGGAGAAGCGGGGAGGCUCGUCAGGAAAGUCUGAGGCUUUGAUUGGAAGUCGACGGGGGGCCACGGGAACAUGGCCUGGGCCCGGCUCAUCAAAGUCAGAUAAAGCCAAGAGCUCCAAGAAUCACUGAUCAUGUCAAGCCAAUUACAAAUGCCUUUUAGGAAAUUUCACAAUAUCGCGCCAAGUCAGCUAAGCCUGCUUGAUUACAAAAAACCCAUAUCAGGCAUUUGUAUCAUAAACGAAACAAGGAAAAUAGAUCCAAGAAAGGUGCUUCAAUAACUGUUGUCAAAUGUGUGUGCAUAUGGUGUUAUAUGUAUGUUCAACAUCAAAAGUGUAUAUAGGAUAAAUAUGUAUGUUUUCUUAAUGCAUGUUUCAUGUAAAAAAAGAAUGAAAACAGACCUAAUGCUAGUGAACAUUGUGAGCACUCACCCACUCUUCACUGCUCUCCCACUGCCCAUGGGAACUGCAUAUCUACAGUCAGGUUUUUGGAGCAUAGCUCAGAAAAUAACGUAGCAUUGCCUGAGCUAUAGCGAUGAUAUCAGAUGGAUCGUAGAUGUCCACUCUGACACCAAACUUCAUCUGUUAUAAGACACCGCAGCACAUGAGCGUUAGUUAUGGCACGAUGCUAAUACAGCUUGGCAUUGGCAUUAAGAAACACACAAAGACUCAUUUGUGUACAAUGAAGAUUGUGGCUGUGUGAUAUACAUGAAUAGUUUCUGUAACUGUGAUCAUCGCUGAAAAAUGAAAUGAAAAAUGACUCGAAAAUUGCUGUAUGGCUACUGUUUUAACAGAGCUUUUGCCUUGGUGGGUAAGAUUGGUAAUGGCAGACUUGCACAAUGCUUGCUGGAGUUGCACAUCAAUGAGUUUGGAAGACGGAUUUCUGGCUGAUGGUCCUCAAGUCGAGUUUACAUGGUGAACAAGGAUGCGAUGUCAGCAAAGCCCACUGAUCUAUAAAGAAGUGUUCUUUAUAGAUCACUGGCAAAGCCCUAUUGUGGGACCCUGCCAGAAGAGACUGUGAGGGGUCACCAUCAAUGUUCAUGGUGUCUUGGGCUUUCAGAGAGCUAGGGGAAGUGAUGUCAAAAGUACAUCCUGUGCAUGCUUUCUAAUGUGAAGUCAAAGUUUGUGUGUAUUUCUCAUCAAGCGCAAUGUGCUCCAGAUGAUCAGAGUGGGCAUGAUACCUAUCCAUUCAAUGCACUAUCUGCACCUGCAAUCUUGACAAAUAGACUUCUUACUGAUCUCUUCCUUGUUGUAUGCAAAGACAUCUUUGUUCUGUGGUGUUGUCUCAUAGAAUAAGAUGCUGUGAUGUUGUGAACAACGCAUAGGCAGUCCUCAUGGGGACUCGCAGUCAAUUGUCAGAUCUGUCAUCUCUGAGUUUGUUCUAGAUUCUUUUUCUUAAUUCUUAACCACAUCUAUAUUCUGCAACCAAGUUCAAGUUGUUAGCAACAAAGAAAAUGAUCCACAUGAAGUUAUACAGGGCCAAAUCAGAGUAGGCUACUAUCACAUAGGUGUUUUUUGUGCCAUUGUAGCGGUCUCAUUCUUUUUUUCUUUUCAAUUCAAUUAGAGAUGUUUGUGCGAGUACUUAAUACAAAACGAAUAAAUGGAUGGAUUUCUGUGUGUGUGUGUGUGUGUGUGUUACAAAUUUAUGAUGUAGUGAUAGAACCUUCGGUCUGUGAUCUGUCUGAUGGAUGACGUUUCCAUCUGGGUGUCUGUUGCCUGUGUCUGUGUCUAGUUUUGUAGGCAUAGAUUCCUUUGCCUGAGGUACAGUACACUUAUUGUGUUUGUUAGGGGCAGAAGCUGUUAUAAAGAAUGCACUUUAUUUAUGUAUUUUAUUUAUUUUCUAAGCAUUUUUUGUUGAAGUAUAUGCAUUUAUUUAUUAUUUAUUGAUUUAUUGACUUGUUUUAAACAGAGUUGUGAUAAUACCACAUGUUCAUGGGAAUAUCACUGUCAUUGUCACAAUAUUUAAUGAUUUUUAAGUUAUUUGUUUGCCUGUGUGUGUGUGACAGCAGGGCUACAACGGCAGCGUAAAAUAGUUUUUAAUAGACUGGUCUAAUUUUUUCGAAUGUGCAGAGCGCUCUCACGUCUGGUGUAACUAUUUCCAUUGAUUAUAGUGGAGUAUAGUGGAGUAUGUUGUAGCAUACGAUAGGCCUACAUGGAUAGAACGCUUCAGUCGCGCGCCAGGUGUAGCCCCGCCGUGAGAGGGAGAGGAAUGGUGCAGAAAGUUGCCGUGUGUGCUUCAAAUACCUGUUACAAUUUCCAUUUUCUGUAUUGUUUCUUUACUCAGGCAAUGUUGUGAACCAAUGCAAAAAAAAAAAACUGAA